CGCCGAGACUCCUCGUUUCAUUUCGGCGGGCAGAGCUUUCACCCAAAAGGAGCUCGAAGAUCUCAAAUUACCUUUCAUCUCGUUUGCUGCCCAAUCCCAGAGCAACGGCAAUACAUCCCUUCUGUUCUUAAGGUGUCCUUGAAGAAUGGAUCCUCCAGUAACAGAUUUAGGACCGAACAAGAAUAUUGAUGAAGAGUUGAAAGACGGAGGUCCCUUGUUCCAUUGUGAUCUUGUUGAUUCAGAAGUUGUGCACAAAAUAGCCCAAGUCAUUCUACCAGGAUUAGCCACAGCAUGUGUUGAUAACACAACUGGCGAUCCCUUCAGGAACCCAGCUUCAGUGGCUGUUGAUAUGAGAAAGGAAAUGGUGGACUAUCUUAACUUAAGAAGUGAAACAUAUAUUGCUGAAACUGUGAUCCAAAAAGAUGAUGAUCUUGGUGUAGAAACUUCUGACCACCCCACUGAUAUCAUUUCAGAUUUUAUUGAUGACUUUGCAAUUUUAAAGAGGAACUUUUUUAGUCGGGUUUCAGGAUGGCUACUAAGUGAAAGGAGGGAGGACAAGAUAGAUGAUUUUGUACAAGAGAUGGAAAUAAAUGGGUUUUGGUCGAUGGAUAGAAGGGAAAUCAUUGGUAAGAAUCUACUGAAGAAUGUUGACUUCAAAGAUUUAUUCCAUUGCAAAAUGAAAUUUUAUACUGCAGAAGAACUUGCUGAGCAUAGCUGUAAGUGCAUCUUUAGGUCCACAAACUGUACAAACGACGGUUGUAGUUAUAAUGUUUGUGCAGUGCACUUGGAAAAGCAUGAUGCAGUUUGUCCCUACAAGGUCCUUCCAUGUGAGCAGAAGUGCUCAGAGAGCAUUGUAAGACGUGAGAUGGAUAGGCAUUGUAUAACUGUUUGCCCAAUGAAACUUGUGAAUUGCCCUUUCCAUCUUGUGGGCUGUCAAUAUUCCAUUCCUCUUUGUGGCAUUGAUAAACACUGUUCAGAGUUUCUUCAUUCUCAUCUGCUUUAUGUUCUCCAAGCAAUUCAUAGAGAAGCACAUUGGGAGGAUCUUAACCAGCGAGUGGAACUUCUGGAGAAGUCAUCAUCUCUUGAUCUACUUUUAGAAGCUCGAGACGUCAAAUCUUUAACCUUCGCUGUCAGGGAGCUUGAAGCAAAGAUUGGCCCAUCAGGAAGUGACAUCUCCAAUAAGGAUUCUGAGGCUGCAACCACUCUUGCUCAAGAAUCAAAUGAGAUUGAAGGCUAACUUCAUUCCCUUCAACAACUAGAGACAUGAAAGAUAUUUUUAUUCCCCCCCCCCCCUCCCCAAUUUUUUUGUCCCUUUCACCAAAGGUUGCAGUUCUACACUUCUAGUGAU